ACCUUUCCACUCCCACCUGAUGUAACACUGAGAUCUCCUCCUGUUGACCUUCUGCUUCAGCUGCAGGUUAACAAUAGACCCAUACAGGACUUGCUCGGGCUGAGCUGGAGGCAAACAGCCAUGUCAUCUCUGAGGACUCUAGCUCUUCUUGCUUUGAUCGCGGCUGUUUCCAGCACUCAGACUUCAGACUGCUCAUAUUUAGGUCUUCUGAGUCACUUAAACCUGACGACAACAAAUGGAGUCCUAGCAACCAUGCGACCUGUGAAAAACUGGACCACACCAACUGUGGUUAACCUGGGCCUGCUGCUGUACGGCAUUUUAGACGUGGAUGAGAAGUCUCAAACUGUCACCAGUCACAUCUGGAUCCAAAUGCACUGGAAAAAUGAAUUCCUAACUUGGAAUUCAUCAGACUUUUGUGGGAUAAACGUGCUGAGCGUUUCGAGAUCGAUGCUCUGGAUCCCAGAUGUAGUCAUCCGAGAGGAUGCCUCUGACAGUGGGAGUAUUCAGGACAGUCCACUCGUCAGUGUGUUUCCCAGCGGUUUAGUGUUGGCGAACAGACGUCAGCGGCUCACCUCCACCUGUCAGCUCAAUCUCUUCCUGUUCCCUUUUGAUACACAGAUCUGUAACAUCUCAUUCUCAUCCAUGACCUACAAUGAGCAAUCUUUAAUUCUUGCAGUAGGCAGCCGUGAGAUAAACUUUACUGCAAUCUCUGAGCAGUUCAUGAUUACACAGGGUGAAUGGCAACUGAAAAACAUUAAAAUCAUUCAAUAUCGUGUUACCAGUGAAGGUGCAUCUUACAGCAAGCUUGCAUACAGGGUCAAAAUCGUGAGGAAGCCAAUGCUUUAUGUGAUAAAUUUCAUCAUACCCCUGUUCUAUUUUCUGGUCCUGGAUCUGGCCUCCUUCUUCAUCAGUGAGGCCAGAGGUGAAAAGCUGGGCUUCAAAGUGACCAUACUCCUGUCCAUCUCCGUCUUACUGCUGAUUCUUCAGGACAUGUUGCCCUCCACUGAAGACGAGCUGCCAAUGAUGGCCAGCUACUGUGUUGGGAUUUUUGCCUUGGUGGGGAUAAGCGUCCUGGAGGCCAUGCUGGUGAGCUUCCUAAUGGAGCUUGAUGGUUAUUGUGGUAAGAAGGCUCAAAGCUCUGUUAAUACCCAGGUGGAAAUUCAGCUGGAAGCCAGAAAUCACAAAGAGCCCACUGAAGAGAAAGGCCAGGUGAAUCCAGGGAAGAGUCCCCUUCCCGUGGAGUGGCCCGGCGACCACAACCUGCUCAGACUAAUCCUGGAGGAAGUGACGGCAGCUCGACAGGAAGCAGGAAGACAAGACAAAGACCAGAAAAAGGCGGAACGCUACAGAAGACUGGCUCGAAACAUAGACUCUGUGUUCUUCAUCCUCUACUUUUUAACUGUUGUAACUUUCCUGGUGUCCAUGUAUAUUGAGGGGAUUCAAAACUACAUUGAAAAUGAGCAACUUUAGAUGAUAUGUUUGUAUAAUCAGCCAGUCCAUGCUCUUAUACCAGAGGAUGAUGGGUUUUAAAAUAACUUUUUUAACCUAUAAUUGACUGUCUCCCCGUUCAACUUACACACCAGUCACAUUAGAGCAGGAACGUUAUGUCAGCAUGUUACAAACACUGGGUCUUAAUGGGAAAACAAUGGUUUAAUUAUGUUUUUGGUUCAAAAAUUAAAUUCGUGUUUAUUUGUGUCUAA